AUGGCAUCAAAUAAGUCGCAUCUGUUAUUUUGCGGCUUCAAUCAAGACUCCAAUUUAUUAUCGGUAGGAACGUAUGAUGGAUACAAAAUCUACAAUUGCGACCCAUUCGGGAAAUGUUUCUUCAAAUUACAAGGCGCCACGUCGAUUGUUGAAAUGCUCUUUAGUACGUCGCUCGUUGCACUUGUUGAGAAGGAGGAUGGAAGUAAUCGCAAGUUAAAGCUAGUAAACACAAAGAAGAGUACUACAAUUUGUGAAUUGACAUUUCCGACACCGCUGCUGUCGGUAAAAUUGAAUCGAAAACGCUUGCUCGCUGUACUGGAGGAACAAAUAUAUGUUUAUGAUAUCAGUAAUAUGCUACUGUUGCAUACGAUUGAAACAUGCGGAAAUUUGUUUUCUGUAUGCGCGCUCUCACCAAACUCAGCGAAUUGCUAUCUAGCUUAUCCCGACACUGAAACCAAAGACACUAAACCAGAUCUUGAUUCUUCUUCAACAGCAUUUGCCAAUUCGACUGUUUCUGGACGUGCCAUUCUUUGGGACGCAGUCCAUUGUAAAGAAAUAACAGUAAUCCAAGCUCAUAAAGAUCCUCUCUCUAUUUUGACGUUCAACACAGAUGGUACCAUGUUAGCUACUGCAUCCGAAAAUGGUAGAAUUAUUCGUGUAUACUCUGUUCCUUCAGGAGAACGUCUGUAUCAAUUUCGAAGAGGGUCCUUACCCGCUCAAAUCUAUUCUAUUGCUUUUCACCCCGAUUCCACCCUUUUAGCAGUUUCUUCCAGUACCCAGACCGUCCAUAUAUUUAAACUUAACAGCCAUAGCUCACCAUCAAAACCUCAGCCAGCAUCUCCGUCUGCUACUCCACCACGAAGGGAGAGUCUAUUCCGGAGGUCUUCGCGCAGCAUUGUAGGAACUGUUGGAGGUUAUCUGCCACAAUCUGUUUCGGGAAUGCUUGAUCCAGAGCGUGAUUUUGCGUUUGCUCACAUACCUGGUGACAAGGUUUCUUCAGUGGUAGCAUUUAGCAGCGAAAAUUCCAACAUCAAUGUUGCUACGUUUGAUGGAAAUCUGUAUGCUUUUCGAAUGAAUCUGUCAACUGGAGGGGAAUGUUCACUUAUUAAUCAUUUUUCGAUCGGCCUAUCGGCUACUUAGAUUAUAACAAGCUUAAAAAAAAAGGAAAACAAUUCCUCCUCGUUUUUAUUUUUUAUGUUUUACUUUUUAGAUCGUCUCUCAUUCGGUUCAAAAACAUGAUCGAUUUCUUUACGCACGGAUAGGCACUAUAAUGAUUUGAAAAGAUGCGGUACUUGUACUUUUUACUAUUCAUUAAUAAUCUAAAUCUGAAUGUACAUAAAUUAAGCUGUCUUUAUCCAUUGCAAGUUUACCAUGCAAUCUAUUUAUUCAUCUUUUCUUCAAAAUAUCCAUCUUUGCAUUCUUUAGUGACUCAUAAAAGGAUGCAUUUCUACAGCGUAAUGGAGAUACGGCAAAUCGUCUAGCUUUUUGCUUGCUUGUUUAUUCAACAACCACUGUUCCAUUCCCUUUGCAUUUCUUUGAAUCAACCAGAAUUGGUUCAUUGAAUCGAGGUGAUUCCUGACUCCGGCUUGAUAAAUCCUUUCAAUAAAUCGCCAUGAAUACCUAUCAACUUUUCAAAGACUCCUUCUUGAUGAUUCCUUUAUGAAUCGAUUUUCAGUGAAAUAAUUCUUCUUUUCUCUUCGAUGUUCUACACUUUUCUUUUCAACCCAGCUGUUUGUUUACAAACCUCGUUGUUACAGUAUCUGGACUGAUAACGCUACCAUCUUUGAUUUCGGUAAAUUAGCUGAUUAUCUCCUAACGACAAUGUAAGUUACAGUUAUUGAACUCGGUAUAUAAACUUGCCCUCUGCCAUUACCUUUAUAUAUUCGGAUCGGG